AGACUAGGACCAUCCAGAAACGAGUAGAUGACGUUGCAAGGAGCAUUGCAGAAAGUUGCUAUUCUGGCUCUAUCAACUUCGAUAUUGACUUUCACCAGAGAUGAUCUGUCUAUGCUUGUAGCAAGAACAGACCGAAAUAAACCAAACCAGAACAAAACUCCUAAAUCAAGAAUAACACCUAACCUAUUAACUAAAAAAAAAAUUGACAUCGACAGUGCGAAUUUUCUAGCUUUAAAAAGCCCUGAUAGGAUGCAAUACAACUCAUCGUUGAAUACUAGUGUUAAUAUCCAAGAACAUAGUGUUGCAAUAAAGAUGAUGAAUAAGUAUAAUAGGAAGUUUAAAAGUCAGAAUCCUAGCCCUGUUAUUACUAAACACAGCACCAAGCCACAGCAGACACCAAAUAAAUUCUUGAUGAAAAAGAAGACAAACAUGCAACUUUCAAUAGAGAAAAUGACUUCUAAAGAGAGAGGUGACUUCCAAGAGGAAGAGCAACGCUUAGAAGCUGAGAAGAUUAAGCUCCAAAUUUUUAGGAAGAAUAGCAACCUUAAUAGAACCACUCCAAGAGUAAGAGAGGUUUUCAAUACUGCUAAAAAUAAGAUAGCCUUAUGCAACAAACGAAGCAGUCUUGUUACUCAGUCUGAUGAUGAGUUCACUCCUAGGAAGGCACAAUCUCCUGAACUGUGCAACCAGGAUAGGUUUAAUACGGUUACGUUACAGAGGAAAGGAAUGACACCCAAUACUUCAGAGAUCCGGGUCAAGAAGCAACCUACAAUAUCUACGAAACUUAAACGUAAAGGGAAUAGUGAAAAAAAGAACUUUACAUCGAUCCUGAAAAAUGGAGAGAUUAAUAAAUCUAACUUUGAAACUAAAGUACCUCCAAUCGCUAAGCUGAAAAUUGAGAAUUACAAGAUUCCCAGAAAAGGGGAUACAAACCGGAGCUUCUUUAAUAUCAAUAGCAAAACUAGCUAUAUCUCAGAGGAAAGUUUCUCUAAUAGUCAGGAUUCUGAUUAUAAAAUGAUGAUGAAGCGGGCUAAGAACUCCUCUAUAACCAAACGGUUUAUCAACCAUUCUGAAAGAAGACCAAAUAAGAAUGUCACAUUUUAUACAGACAUGCUCAAACCAGAUAGACUCAAAGGGUACACAUCCCGUUCAGUUAUGGGUAAAAGAAAGCUGAAACUUACCGAGAGGGCUCAACAGAGUUUGGUAGAGUCCAGAAAGCAUAACCUCCAAGGGCUUUUUAAGAAGAAUAAGAGGAUCGGGUCACUUUUUCACACAAUAAUUGAUAAUAAAUCCCAACCGCCAAGUACUUCUGCUAGUGAAAAUAUUCCCAAAAUUAAUGUGGGGAAUCUGAAUUCAGAGUCUAUAAAUGAUAGACUUAGUGCAUUCACUUUGGACACCUCUCUGCUCUCCAAAGAGUCUAAGAGAAGACUCAAUAUGGGAAGAAGGAAGAGUGUAUCUAUAGCCAAUGGCCCUGAUAAAGACAAAGGACUCACAAAGUUUAUCAAAAAGGAUCUGAAUGCCCAGAAUAUUGACAAGAAACUCUUGACCCAUAACUCAGAUAUGACUCUGUACGAAGAGUACCUCCACUUGCUGCUGAUUAAGACCAGUGAUAAGUUUAUCAGAGAUCGCUACCAGUCCUAUAUUAAUAAGAUCAACAUGGGCAAAGAAAGGAGACAAACCUUCUUCCAAAGAAUGGAGAAAGACAUUGUUGUUAGAGAGGAGAAUAUGAAAGGGAUGAUUGAUAACCAGACUGUUUCUAGCAAGAGUUUUAUCUCAAAACCUGCUAAGAAACCACUGGUCAAGAGGAAAACUAUAUUUAUCAGAGAUAAUGACAAAGCCAUAGAGGUCAGUGAUAUGCUGGAGAAGAUUGAAUAGCUGACCCUUUUGUUCUACAUAAUUCCUAUUGUUCAUUAUA